AUGAAAGUUAUAAAUUCUGAUGAUACCAAUGUUGAUGCUAAUCAAAUUCUAGCUGAAAUACCGAGAUUUUGCUACAGAAAUAACUUUCAAGCUAUCGAAAACUCUACACUCAGCUGCGAUAGUGGUUGGGGAUGUUGUUUUCGAUCUUCUCAAGGAUUAGUAUGUCAAUAUAUACUAAGAUUGCACAAAAAUUUUCCAGACUUAUAUAAUUCAACAUUCGGUAUAGACAAGAAUCCUUUGGAUUUAUUUCUUGAUAUCCCAGAAGCACCUUUUGGAAUCCAAAACAUUGUUACACAUGCAAAUUCUUUAGGUUUACCAAUUGGUAAUUGGGCAAAACCAUCAAUAAUUGCUUCUGCAUAUAAAUCAAUUUUUCAAUCGCUGCAUUUAAACUGUAUUGUACCACAAGAUUCCACAUUUAUAUACGAAGAACUAGAAUCUACAAAUUAUCCUGUUUUAAUUUUAAUUCCAGGAUUGUUCGGAUUGGAAAAGAUCGAAAAACCAUACAUUUCAUUCAUCUUUCUUUCAUUAUGUAUGAACUCUUCACUGGGCUUUGUUAGCGGACAUAAUGAUUCAGCAUUUUAUUUUAUUGGCUUCGAUUCAGAUUAUUUUUAUUAUUUUGAUCCACAUGUCACAAAACAGGCAUUAACAGGCCCACCAUAUGAUUCUCUCUUUGAGUUAAAGCUCAAAUCUAUGAAAAUAGAGAACAUCAAUCCUUCUGUUUUGCUUGGAUUUUAUUGUGACGAUUCAAUACAAGAACUUAUUAUGCAACUUAUGGGUUGCAUACAAUCGCCUAUAGCUGUUAUAGAAAAAUCAAAACUUGAUGAUAUCCUUCAAGAUGUCAUUGAAUUUGAAUAG